AUGGUACUCGGUUGUGCGGGCGAGGCGCUCGACGAUGGCGAACGCCGCUUUCUGGCUGACGUCGAUCCGGCGGGCUUCAUAUUGUUCAAGCGAAACUGCGAGAGCCCGGCACAAACUCAGGCGUUGAUCGGGGCCCUCCGCGAGGCGGUGGGCCGACCCGACGCGCCGGUCCUGAUCGAUCAGGAGGGGGGGCGCGUGGUCCGGCUCGGCCCUCCCCACUGGCGCGCUCCGCCGGCGCCGGCGCUGCUCGGCGCGUUGGCAGAAGUCGACGGGGAUGCUGGCGUUCGCGCUGCCUGGCUCAAUGCGCGCCUGGUGGCGGUGGAUCUGCUCGCGCUCGGAUUUACCGUCAACUGCGUGCCGGCGCUGGAUCUCCGCUUCGCCGGCGCGAACAAGGUCGUCGGCGACCGCUCGUUCGGUGCCGACCCGCGAUUGGUGGCGCGGCUCGGCCGCGCGGUCGCGGACGGUUUGCGGGCCGGCGGAAUCGUCCCUGCCGCGUUGCGGGCCCGUGACUUUGUGCCGUUUCGCGCGCUCCGCGACGCGCCCGUGGGCUUGACGGCGCAUGUCUGCUACGCCGCGCUCGAUCCCGAGAGGCCGGGCACGCUCUCACCUAAGGUGAUAGGAGAGGCGGUGCGGGGCGCCAUCGGGUUCGACGGCUUGUUGGUCACUGACGAUCUGUCCAUGGGAGCGUUGACCGGAUCGGUCGGCCAGCGCGCAUCCGCCGCGCUCGCCGCCGGCUGCGACUUGGCCCUUCACUGCAACGGCAUACGCGACGAAAUGGAGGAGGUCGCGGCGGCGGCGCCGAAGCUCGCCGGCCGUGACGCCGCAGUGAUCGAGGCAUGGCUCCUCGCCGCAUCGGUUUGGGUGAUACCGGUGCUGUUUGCAAUCACGCUGCACGAGGCCGCGCAUGGCUGGGCUGCGCUCAAGCUGGGCGACGACACGGCGGCGAGGCUCGGGCGCAUUACCCUCAAUCCGCUCAAGCAUGUUCAUCCGGUGGGCACGGUCCUGUUGCCCGGGGCCCUGAUUGCGCUUGGCGCGCCGUUCGUAUUCGGCUUUGCGAAACCCGUGCCGGUCAACCCGGCGAGGCUUCGCAACCCGCGGGGCGGCAUGGUCCUGGUGGCGCUGGCCGGGCCGGGGAUGAACAUCCUUCUGGCCUGCCUCUCGGCGCUGCUGCUCCACGCGGCGGCGGUCUUUCCGCCGGUGUUCGCGGAGUGGUGGCGGGCGACGUUCACCCUUGGCAUCGCCAUCAAUCUGGUGCUGGCCAUCUUCAACAUGCUGCCGGUGCCGCCGCUGGACGGCGGCCGCGUGGUGCACGGGCUGCUCCCGCCGCGCUCAGCCGAACGUUUCGCGCGACUCGAGCGCUUUGGUAUCAUCGUCGGUGCUGGUCGGAUUCUUUGUCGUGCCGCUGAUUGCGGCGGAGUUCGGCACCGCGUUCAACCCGUUGGCCGAAAUUGUGCUGCCGCCGAUGGCAGCGGGCUUCGAACUGAUCGUCGACCUGUUCGGCGUGGAGGCACUGGUGUCAUGGCCCAUCUGACGCCGCUAGAAGACGACGCCGGCCGGCGGGGUACAGCCACGCCCCGUCCCGGUGCAGCCGAGGAUGAGUCUCAGCUGAUCGUCAAUCUCGACGGCUUCGAGGGUCCGCUCGAUCUGCUGCUUACGCUCGCCCGCACGCAGAAGGUCGACCUCGCGCGCAUCUCCAUACUGGCGCUGGCCGAGCAGUAUCUGGCCUAUGUCACACAGGCCCGGCGGCUCCGCAUCGAACUCGCGGCCGGCUAUCUGGUCAUGGCGGCGUGGCUCGCCUACCUCAAGUCGCGGCUGCUCUUGCCCGACGAGGAGCCCGACGCCGAGGAGCCGAGCAGCACCGAGAUGGCGGCGGCGCUCGCCCGCAGGCUGCGGCGACUGGCAGCGAUGCGCGAUGCCGCAGCGACCCUGAUGGACCGCCCGCAACUUGGCCAGGAUGUGUUCGCCGCCGGCAGAGCCGAGGGCCUGCCGGUGCACGAGGAGGCGCUUCACGAAAAUUCGCCAAUUGGAGCCGUUCGGCCCGAUCUAUCUUCGCCGGAGGCGAGAAGAACCAUGACCACCGAUCCGCUAGAGACUUCGCCCUCUGUGGAACCCACCGAGGACGACGAGCGCGCGGCCCGCGCCUCCCGCAUUGUGGAGGCCGUGAUCUUCGCAGCGGGCCGGCCCGUCGAUGCCGCCACUUUGGCGGCGCAGUUGCCGGAAGGCACCGAUGUCGAAGCGGGGCUCGCCAGGCUCGCGGCGCAUUACCAGCACCGCGGAGUCCACUUGGUGAAGGUCGCGGGCGGCUGGACAUUCCGCACCGCUCCCGAUCUGGCGGAGCACCUGACCGUGCAUCGCGUCGUCCGCCGGCGCCUCUCGCGUGCAGCGCUGGAGACGCUCGCCAUCAUCGCCUACCACCAGCCGGUGACGCGGGCGGAGGUUGAGGAGAUUCGCGGCGUCCACCUGGGGCGGGGCACGCUCGACCUGUUGCUGGAGGCGGGCUGGAUCGCGCCGAAGGGGCGCCGGCGCACGCCGGGCCGGCCCGUGACGUGGGUCACCACGCCGGCGUUCAUGGAGCAUUUCGGCCUGGAGAGUCUCGACGACCUCCCCGGCGUCGACGAACUGGAGGCUGCCGGUCUCCUGGAAAGCGCCGGUCCGCAGGCCGGGGAGACAGGCGAGGCGCUCACCCGGCUGCCGCUCGAGGAUGAUGGCGGGGGCGCGCCGGACUUUGCCGGAGAGCCCGAGGAGAGUGAGUCCGCGGAAGCAGCGUCAACGACGGUGGUGACGCUCUCCGGCCGCGGCAGCACCGCUUAG